UUUCUCAUCCUUUCAUUACCAAACAUAUCUCAUUUGAGUAAAUCUGUACGUUGAAGAUGAGCUCCAAGAUGGCAAUACUGAUCCUAGGCCUGUUGGCCAUGCUCCUUUUGGUCUCCUCAGAGGUGGCAUCCACAAAUUCAAAUGAGGAAACAAAUGGAGUAGAUGAUGCCAAAUAUCCUGGUGGAGGCUACGGUGGUGGUUACCCAGGCAAUGGUGGUGGUUACCCAGGCAAUGGUGGUGGUGGCUACCGUGGUGGUGGUGGUUACCCUGGCCAUGGUGGUGGCUACCCUGGACAUGGAGGUGGCUACCCUGGUCAUGGCGGUGGCUACCCUGGCCACGGUGGUGGCGGUUACCCAGGCCGAGGAGGAGGGUAUUGUCGCCAUGGCUGUUGUGGUGGUCGGACAUAUAGAGGAGAUUGCAAAAGGUGCUGCUAUUACGCUGGUGAAGCUGUUUCUGCACAAACUCAGGAUAAGACUCACAAUUGAGACAAUGUUGUCGACGCGGAUGUUUCAUAAAUAAAAUUAAUCUCGUCAUGAGAGGCAUGGAUUGCCAUGACCUUUCUCACCACUAGAGAUAUUUCGCUAGUAGAAAUAGCGUUUAUGAAUAAUAUGUCCUUGUGCUUGUGUGAUGAGUUUAAGAGCAAAGUAGAGAGUAUGUAUUGUACAAGUUCUACUUUGUACUUAGUGUCGUGAGCUUUACUUCUACUGAUAUUAUAUAUCAUCAUCGUUUAUAUCAUCCGUUAUUUUUAAA